CAUGAAAAAUGGAAAUCCCAACAAGACCAAUGCCUCUAACGAAACUAGUUUGCAUUGUGUCUGUCAAGCGCCUGCUAACAUCUUAGAAUCUCAAAGGAAAAAAAGAUUUGAAUGUCUUCUGAUGAUUUUACAAUGGAAAGGUGCUAAAAUUGGUGAUGGCCAAUUUGAGAAAGUUUCAGUAAACUCAGUAGAUAAGAAACAAAAUACUCCUUUGCAUUUUGCCGCCAAAUCUGGAUUAAAACAAUGUGUUGAGUAUCUCGUUUCUCAAAAUGCCGACUUAUUUGCUGAAAAUGACGAUAAACAUACUGCAUGUGAUUUGGCGGAAAAAUCUGGCUAUAAAGAAAUUGCCUUGUACUUAGAAUCAAAAAUGGUUUUUUAUUCGCAUGAUAAUGAAAACGAAAUUGAAAUGGAGAUGGAUGAUUUAUUAGAUUCCAUGGAGAAUGAAGGUUACAGUGGCUUAAGAGCCCAAGAUCUUCAGGAAGCAAAAGAUCAACUUUUAGUUGAAACGUCCGAUAUGCUCAGAGUUCCUUUAUUUACAGCUGAAGCUUUAUUGAGAAAUCAUGAAUGGUCUAGAGAAACUUUACUUGAAUCUUGGAUGAAAGAUCCUAUCCUUUGCUGUGAAAAAAGCGGCGUUGCUCCACCUAGUUGCAUAUAUGAAAGUAUGGCCACAGCUCCACCCACUGAUCUUUCAACGUCUAUACAAUCUGAUAAUGUGCCUUCAAGCGAAAUAACGUGCGACGUUUGCACGUCUCCCAUACCGGCUAACGAACCAGCUGCCUAUGUUCCUUGCCAGCAUAAUUGCUGCAGACAAUGCUGGACAACUUAUCUUACUGUUAAAAUUCAAGAAGGUGAUAUUCACAAUAUUACUUGCCCCGGUUAUCAGUGCAAUAUGCUCAUUCCUGCCGAAACGAUUGAGGAGUUGGUCAGUCGUGAAAUGGCACUGAAAUAUUUACAGUUUGAUAUAAGGGCCUUCGUCGAUAGCAACCCGUCCAUAAACUGGUGUCCACACCCUGGUUGUGGACGAGCAGUAAAGCUGCCUGAAAGUGAUAACUUUCUUUCUCCGGUAUUUACAGGUGAUUUACGUGCUCAAAACAGCUCUGAUGUUUCUCAUUCAGUAGACUGCGGCAACGGUCACAUGUUUUGUUGGGAAUGUUCUGGAGAUCCUCACGAACCCGCUUCAUGUGUUAACUGGAAGAAAUGGCAUCAAAAAGUGUUUGAAUUAAGGCCUGAAACUUUCAAAGAAAGUAUUAGAAUGUUUUUCGGUUUGCAUAUCUUAGGGAUGUUUAAAUGCUCUACAGGAUUAGUAAAUGGAACUGAAGAAGAAUUGGAAGUGGCAGCAAACUGUCUUUGGCUUGUUACAAAUUCAAAGCCAUGCCCUAGUUGUAAAUCUCCCAUCCAGAAAAAGGAAGGCUGUAAUCAUAUGAAAUGUUCCAAAUGUAAACAUGACUUUUGCUGGGUUUGCCUGGAAAGUUGGAAGAAGCAUAAUUCUACAACUGGAGGCUAUUUUAGAUGCAAUCGGUAUGAUGCUGUUAGAAAAGUUGAGCAAAUGAGCGAAGCUGCAAAGCAAGCGGCAGAAGGUAAUACAAAACGGUUGCAAGAAUUGAACAAGUUUGUUCAUUACUAUAUGAGAUUCAAGAAUCACGAAAACAGUUAUAAACUGGAGGACCCGUUAUUAAAAAAUUCCGAGGAAAAAAUGGAGCUACUCGCUAAACAGGCUACAGAUAAAGGAGAGAAUCCGCCACAAAUCGACACGCGAUUCGUGCAGGAUGCAGUUAUUCAACUCUUGAAGGCUCGUCGAGUUUUAAAAUGCUCUUAUGUUUACGGUUAUUACCUCGAUGAUGGAUUUCGAAAAAGUAUCUUUGAAAUGAUGCAAAAUGACCUUGAAGAGAGUACUGAGACACUCUCGCAGAUUAUUGCCCGACCAUAUUUACGAACGCCUAGACAAAAGAUUAUCGGAGCAGCUUCUCAAGUUCAAAGAAAGAGGAGCGAAUUUUUAACAGCCGUCGCGAAAGGCGUGGUUCCGACAGAUAGUUCUCCAACGUCUUCCAGAAGGAGAUUAGAAGAUGAAGAUUUUCGAAAAACAUUCUUCGAAUCACUCAAAGAAAGCCAUGUUGAUCCGAGUAAUCCUUGGAUAAAAGAUCCUUCGGGUCGUCAUACGAAUGUUACCGCUUACCUUGAUUGGCCAGCAUCCGACGAAGAGCAGGAAGAACAACAGGAAGAAGGUAAAAGAGAAGGUGAAGGAGAGGGAGAUGGAGAUGCCUCCGAAUCUCAAGAUGUGUUAGUUUGCUCUCGAAAAGACUGUACAAAGAAAAGAGCUAUGAAUCCAAGAACAAAACAACGUCAUCAACAUUGCAGCAUAACUUGUAUGAGAGAAGAUGUUGCAGAAAGAGAAAUUAACUUUGAAAAUGGGGAACAAAACUUUUCAAAUUAUGAUAUAGAUCUUCAAAGGGCUAUUGAAAUGUCGAAAAUGCAAUAUUUAGCUGAAACAACUAGAAACACUGUACAAAUUGAAGAGGAUAUCGAAAAACGAUUUAAACAAGAAGAAAAAGAUUUACAGAUGGCAAUACAACUUUCCUUGCAGAAUCAAGGCGAAGGGGAAGAGAAUAUGCCUCAAAGUUUGGGCGCAAUAGCAAAUACGCCAAGAAUAAAACCAAAUACUUUUGGAAUAAUUAAAGAUGUAAAUGUUACAAAUCUCUUGUUCGAAGGUUCAAACAAAACAAACCAUUUCGAAAGUAAAGAUAUGAAAAUACGUAACGAAGUAGAUGUUCAGUUUGAAGAGGAGCCCAGUAGAAUAUCAAACGAAGGAGAGGCAGCAGGGGAAGAAGUGGACAGAGAAAUGGUUGUAGGAGGAAGUAGUUUAGGAGUAGGAAUAGGAGGAGGUAUAAGCGAUCUACAACUUAAGGAUGUGAUCUUCAGGUUAAAUUCUCUUACAGCAAAUAGCGAAGAAGAGUGUGCCGAAGCAGUUGUGGACCUCGAACGCGAAGAAGGACCAAAAGCAGAAAAGAAAAAUAUUAGCUAUGUGUAA